CUGUGUUUGUUAUCGUAAGGUUCGUGAAGGUUUAUUUACUAUGAAAACAAUGCAAAAAUGCACUCUAAUUUGAAGACGUGGGCGGUCCAAAUAGAUUUUGGUAUCUAGUUUGAGAGUCGAAAGGUUAAAGGACUCCCACUGUCAGCCUAAGAAUACUAUGAAAUACUUCACAAAUGUUUUAUUUAAUUAUAUUAAAUAUUAAAGGACCAGUCAGUGAAAUCUAGUGGCGAGGCUGCAAAUUGCAACCAACGGCUCACUCCACCCCUCCCUUUCAAAGCACUAUGACAGCUGACACAACAUGCCGAAUUCCAUGCAGAAUCAGCUCAUUCUAAGUUAACCAUGGCGAUGACAAGUCAGAUGACCUGUUCCUCAAUGAGUAACCACACUAAGGAGAGGGUCACUAUGGCCAAAGUGACCUUAGAGAAUUUCUACAGCAACCUGAUAUCACAGCAUGAGGAAAGAGAAAUGAGGCAGCAGAAAUUGGAGAAGGUCAUGGAUCACGAGGGACUAGCUGAUGAAGAGAAGUGUAUACGCCGAUCUGAGCAUGCUAGAAAAGAGACUGAGUUUCUUCGUCUGAAACGAACUCGGCUUGGAUUGGAGGACUUUGAGUCACUCAAAGUGAUUGGCCGUGGAGCUUUUGGAGAGGUGCGCCUAGUUCAGAAGAAGGACACGGGCCACGUUUAUGCCAUGAAGAUCUUGCGUAAGGCUGACAUGCUUGAGAAAGAACAGGUUGGUCAUAUUCGAGCAGAAAGGGACAUUCUUGUAGAAGCAGAUAGUCAGUGGGUGGUCAAGAUGUUCUACAGCUUUCAGGAUAAAAUGAACCUCUACCUCAUCAUGGAGUUUCUACCAGGAGGUGAUAUGAUGACGCUGUUGAUGAAGAAAGACACUUUAACGGAGGAGGCCACACAGUUCUAUAUUGCUGAGACGGUGUUGGCUAUUGACUCCAUUCACCAGCUGGGCUUCAUCCACAGAGACAUCAAACCAGACAACCUGCUGCUGGACUCAAGGGGCCACAUGAAGUUGUCCGAUUUUGGUUUAUGCACUGGUCUAAAGAAAGCCCAUCGCACUGAGUUCUAUAGAAACCUCAAUCACAGCCUUCCCAGCGACUUCACUUUCCAAAACAUGAACUCGAAGAGGAAAGCAGAGACAUGGAAGCGAAACAGGAGACAGUUGGCUUUCUCCACUGUUGGAACCCCUGACUACAUCGCUCCAGAAGUGUUUAUGCAAAAUGGGUAUAACAAGCUUUGUGAUUGGUGGAGUCUUGGGGUCAUUAUGUAUGAAAUGCUGAUCGGUUACCCUCCAUUUUGCUCAGAGACGCCUCAAGAAACCUACAGAAAAGUGAUGAACUGGCGAGAGACUUUGACCUUUCCACCCGAGGUCCCGAUUUCAGAGAAAGCCAAAGAUCUCAUUCUCAGGUUCUGUUGUGAGAGUGAGUACAGAAUUGGAGCCUCUGGAGUGGAAGAGAUCAAGACUAACCCGUUCUUUGAGGGGGUGGAUUAUGAUCAUAUAAGAGAGAGGCCAGCUGCCAUUCCAAUAGAGAUCAAAAGCAUUGACGACACCUCCAACUUUGACGAGUUCCCCGAGUCAGACAUUCUCCAACCUUCAGCUACUGUUGUAUCCAACCACACCGAGGCUGAUCUAAAGAGUAAAGACUGGGUCUUCAUCAACUACACCUACAAGCGCUUUGAAGGGCUAACUGCACGAGGUGGCAUCCCAUCAUACAUGAAAACUGGGAAGAGAUAGACGCUAAGAGACUCGAUAACAAUCUGCACACUUGCAGUGAUCUCAAAGUGACAUUCUUCAUCGCUUCUGGCAUCUGAAGGAUCCUACAUCUGUUUCCUGUUUAGAUCACGACUCAUUCGACUCAACCUCUUUUCUAUCUGCAGUUGGAUGAGUCUCACCUAAAGGGCUUUUUUCCUCUAACACCUCUGUUGAAUAUGGCCACUUCUUCCCUGGGCUUGCCCCCUUCUUAAGGAGAUUUUGGCCAGUCAUCUUUAAGGUUGCAAGAUUUUUUAAACUUCGAACGACGGUAUUUUUUCGAGUACACAGACUUAUAAAGCUGGUUAGACCUCCUUUAUGGUCUAAAAAUGGACUAGUCCUGCAACAAGAAUCAAUUGCAUUAGAAUUUGCAUUAGUAAUUGGUGGAUCGUGGAUUUGCCAUUUCAAAGGACUAGCGUUUGUGGCAAAAUUGUCCUAUCCCAGCCUUCUGUCUUAUCCACAUCUGCUGUAUGAAUCAUAAAGAUUGGAAACGUCGUCCUUGGUUUUAAUCAAGGUGAAGAGGAUUGAGUCUUGCUCAGGCGAUGUUUUAAAAUCUUUAUAUUUAAAAACACUUGUUUUCCUCUGUUUUGUGGACAUUCCUUUCCAUGUUAUGCUCCACGUCAAAGGUCCUACUAACAAGUGGCUUCGUAGUCGAUCAUCAGAGCUGCAAAGAUGUUGCCUUACAUUUGGAUCCUUCUUAGAACAACAUCAUAAAUACAGUCACGGUUGCCAAUCGUACCAAAUUCUUCUAUGUACCAGGAAACUUCACCAGCUGAUGUUCAAGACCAAGCAAUCUCGACGAACCAGCGUUUGUUUAAUAUGCAAUGGGUAGUUACGGCCACGGACAGAUCAAUUGUUCAUUCAGAUGUUGCUUGGUGCUAAUGCUGUUAUUUUUCUUAAUAAAGGCACUCUUUACUUA